AUUCUUACACUAAACACCAAACACGAGAACUAGCUUAACCUUUGAGAAAUGGCUUUCAUUUGGGUGAUAGUUGGAUUGCUUGGACUUGUUUACGUCCUGCAAUCCUGGUCAUGGAGAAGCAAGAAGAGGUUGCCUCCUGGUCCGAGAGGGUUUCCCAUUUUCGGAAGCCUCAACUUGCUAGGGAAGUUCCCUCACAAAGAUCUGCAUCAACUGGCCCGAAAGUACGGUGACAUCAUGUACAUGCGGUUAGGCCUUGUGCCUGUCAUUGUCGUCUCUUCCCCUCGAGCAGCCGAGCUGUUCCUCAAAACCCACGACCUUGUGUUUGCGAGCAGGCCGCCUCACGAAGGUUCAAAGCAUAUUUCUUAUGGCCAAAGGAACUUGACUCUUGCUGAGUAUGGCUCUUACUGGCGAGACAUGCGCAAGAUGUGUACUCUUGAGUUACUUAGCAACCACAAAAUCAACUCCUUCAAGUCAACGAGGAAAGAAGAGGUCGCCCUCAUGGUGGAUUCUAUUCGAGAGUCUGCAGCCAAGGAACAACGUGUUUCGGUUGAUCUGAGCUCCAAGGUGUCAUCUCUUAGCGCAGACAUGACUUGCAGGAUGGUUUUUGGGAAGAAAUACUCGGAUGAGGAAUUUAGUGAGAGGGGUUUUAAAUCCGUGAUUCAAGAAGGCUUGCAAUUAGGAGCUGCCCCUAACUUGGGAGAUUACAUUCCUUGCAUUGCUCCACUUGAUCUCCAAGGAUUCACUAAACGAAUGAAGGCUGUUCACAAGGUCUUUGAUGACUUUUUGGAGAAGAUUGUGGAGGAGCAUCUUCAAUCUAGGGAUCAUGGAGAAAGAAGAACCAAGGACUUUGUUGAUGUCAUGCUGGGCUUCAUGGAGUCUGAAGAAUCUGCGUACCAAAUCGGACGCUCAAACAUCAAAGCCAUUAUAUUGGACAUGCUCACCGCCUCAAUGGACACAUCGGCAACAACAAUUGAGUGGGCACUCUCCGAACUCAUCAGGCAUCCAGAGGUAAUGAAGAAAGUGCAAAUAGAGUUAGCAAAUGUAGUCGGAAUGGAGAGGAUGGUGGAGGAGUCAGACUUGGAGAAGUUGGAGUACAUAGACAUGGUAGUGAAGGAAAACUUGAGGCUACAUCCGGUAGCACCAUUAUUGCUUCCCCAUCAAUCAACUGAAGAUUGCACUGUUAAUGGCUUCCACAUACCCAAAAAGUCGCGCAUUAUGAUAAAUGUAUGGUCGAUUGGGAGAGACCCAAAUGCUUGGACUGAAGCAGAGAAGUUCAUACCUGAAAGGUUCGUGGAUAGUAGUAUAGAUCUUCGGGGAAACCACUUUGAGCUUCUUCCCUUUGGCUCCGGACGAAGGCGUUGCCCUGGAAUUCAACUAGGCCUAACGGUUGUCCAGUUAGUGCUGGCGCAACUUGUGCAUUGUUUUGAUUGGGAACUUCCAGAAAACAUGUCACCGAAUGAUUUGGACAUGACGGAAGAAUUUGGAAUAACGGUUCCUAGGGCCAAGCAUCUACUGGCAAUUCCAUCAUAUCGUCUUCACAAAUGAUCACAAUGUGUAUGUAAUAGCUAGUUCCCACUUGUGGCGGGAUUAUCUUAAUGUUCUGUUUUUCUAUUCUAUGUGACCACUAUUGUAGCAUCUUGUGUUUGCUUUCUUUUGGAUACGGGAAAGCAGUAAUGAAGUAAUAUGGUGUAAUUCAGUUAAAUUUAGGAGGGCUGUUUUCUUUUUUGUUGAAUGGUGUUAAUGGAGUAUGUUUAGAGGUUUGUUGA